AUGACCUCGUUAAACAGCUCGUCGAAACGGGAUGAGGCGCCACUGCGCGCUCAUGUCUUCCAGACUCUCGUCCCACCGAUGAGCUCGCCAAUGAGCCCUCAUCUCACGAUAACGACAAAGCAUCCCGAAAAAGGGAACGCGAAGUCGGAAUCACUUCCCAAGAAUCGCCUCUUUCACACAAGAAGCGUUUCGACCCGACCCAGUGUUCAGAGAGCUCAGCUCGCGCCGCAGCUCAAUGACCCUCGCGGUCACCCGCCCACCCGCACCUAA